AAUUUCUAACUUAAUUGUGAGCUUUUUAGCCUUUUCAUCAGGAAUCUAAGGAUGCAGUUGAUUCUGAUGUUGAGGAUAGAGACGAUGCCGAUUGUGCUGAAGAAGAUUCUGAUUCUGAAACCAAAUCAGACGGAAGUGAAGAGACCAAGGAAGAUGUACAUGAUGAGCUGUGAGGCAAAAGCACCGUGAUGUUUUGCUGACAAUAUGGGUCCAGAGAUAGUAAGGCAAUUAAGCUCUCCAAAUUUUUUCAUGAUCUUUUUUUAUCUUCAGCUGUAGGAUUUCUGUUUUAGUGGAGAACAAAAUUGAAGGAUGCAA